AUGUUAAAAAGGAAAUCAAGCAGCGGAUUUUUUGGGAUGGUGUCUGUUAGAAAUUGCACUCUAAUCUACACAACAACGACUUUCUUAUGUUACGCAGCAUCUGCAUACGCAGCCUUUAAUCUACUCACAAUUUCAUGUCCACAUUGCACUACUUCCCCUUCCAACACCCACAACACUUCAACCUCCAUUCUGGACAGCGCAGACGCACAAGCCAGGCUUGGUGCUAGACUGCUAUUCGUAUCCAUCUGGUACGCAUUCACUAUGCUAGUCGCCUCCUCUUUUGGCUUCUGCGGUGUCGUAAACGAAAGCAUACGCACUCUAAAGCUAUUCCGUAUGAUGAGCUCUAUCGACGUUAUUCUCUCCUUCCUACUUACAUUCCUCCUCGGCCCUAUCGGCUUGACGUUGUCGAUCAAAGACUUUGUUUGUGACGCACCUACAAAGAUUGAGAGCAAUCACUGCUGGGAUGUCUGGAGGUCGUCGGUGUACAGAUUCAUCGGCCUUACUCUUUUUAUUAUCGUAUUUAAGGUCUACCUUCUUGGAUGCACGCAUGUGUAUAUCAGACAAUGUCAGCUAAGGCAGCGCAAGCUCAGACCUAGGCCUUCAAUAGUACUUGUCCCACCACCACAAUCCUCCACCACUCAACAGGUCGCGGGCUUCGUUGUACCUUCACCAACCCAGAAACACAAGAGAUCGCACUCAAUCAAGCAAGGCGGAUUCCAGCAGGACGGAGGUCCAAUAGCUCUAGCAAUCAGACCAGGAGAAGGUCUGCUCCCUAAUCACAGUUUCACAGAUCAAUAUGAGCUGCUGACAUAG